GCGCAUGCUCAGUAGUGUCCAUUUGGUACGCAUGGUGCGCGUGACGCGCCCUUUCAUUCAUGCCUCUAUGGUAUAUUGGCAUCCCUGUAGCGGAUUCCAUUUUCCCAUGAAUUUUUUGAAAGCCGAUUGCCGAUACAAUUUUUAGGAGUUCCAUAUUCGCAGUUUAUUAAGGCGCAAUAAUGGAAAUAUCGGACGAGAAUUUACGUACCUUGGGCGAAUACCUUCAGAAAACGUUGAGUCCCGACGUUAACAUUCGCCGUCCUGCUGAAAAGUUCCUGGAAGGGGUUGAAGUUAACCAAAAUUACCCGUUACUUUUACUCCAUUUGGUGCACAAGAAUGAAAUCGAUUUAACCAUACGAACUGCCGGAGCUAUUGCUUUCAAGAAUUACAUCAAACGUAAUUGGAAUGUUGAGGAUGACCAGGCCGAUCGAAUUCAUCAGAGUGACCGUGCCGCAAUAAAAAAUUUGAUAGUUACAUUGAUGUUGACCUUGCCAGAAUCAAUUCAAAAGCAACUGAGUGAUGCGAUUAGUAUUAUAGGUAAAACGGAUUUUCCACUUAAAUGGCCUGAACUGAUCAGUCAAAUGGUGGAGAAAUUUUCGACAGGCGAUUUUCACGUUAUCAAUGGCAUCCUAAGAACAGCACACUCACUAUUCAAAAAGUACCGCUACGAAUUCAAGUCUAACGAACUGUUUGCGGAAAUAAAAUUUGUAUUAGAGAAACUGGCGCAGCCUUUAACGGAUUUACUUUUGGCAACUAUGCAUCUGGCCCAAGCCCAUGCUGCAGAUGUUAAUGCAUUAAAAGUUAUUUAUAGUUCUUUGGUACUCGUUUGCAAGGUGUUUUACUCGUUAAAUUUUCAAGAUUUGCCCGAAUUUUUUGAAGAUAACAUGGAAACUUGGAUGAAGAGUUUUCAUACACUUCUAACGGUGGAAGUGAAAUCUUUAGGAACGACGGAUGACGAAGAAUCUGGAAUAAUGGAGCAGUUAAAGUCACAAGUAUGCGAUAAUGUCGCAUUGUAUGCCCAGAAAUACGACGAGGAAUUUCAACCGUAUCUUUCUCAAUUUGUGACCGAUAUUUGGAGUUUGCUGGUCUCUACAGGAUUACAGCCGAAAUAUGAUCUGCUGGUGUCUAAUGCACUUCAAUUUCUGUCUUCGGUUGGUGAAAGGUCUCACUACCGCCACCUUUUCGAAGAUGAUAAUGUCUUAAAUAGUAUAUGCGAGAAGGUCAUUAUACCAAAUAUGGAAUUUAGAACUUCAGACGAAGAACUAUUUGAAGAUAAUCCAGAGGAGUAUAUUCGUCGUGAUAUUGAAGGAUCCGACAUUGAUACACGUCGCCGAGCGGCAUGCGACCUUGUAAACACUUUGAGCCAGAACUUCGAACAACGGAUUAUGAAUAUCUUUGGACAGUACUUGCAGGUCAUGUUAUCAAAGUAUUCGGAGAAGCCGCUAGAGAAUUGGCGAAGCAAGGAUGCUGCUGUAUAUUUGGUGACGUCCCUUGUCAGUCGGGGAGCAACUCAAAAACAUGGCGUUACUCAAACCAGUCAGCUAGUAUCCAUCCCUCAGUUUUGUCAGCAACAUAUUCUAACUGAAUUGGAGAGAGUAAAUGUUGAUGAACUUCCUGUAGUAAAAGCAGACGCCAUCAAGUAUGUUAUGACCUUCCGUUCAAUUCUACCUCGUGAUAUGAUUGUUGGUACGCUACCUCACCUUGUUCGGCAUCUUACCAGUGAAAGUGCAGUGGUGCACACUUAUGCUGCUUGUACAAUAGAAAAAAUUUUAGUUAUGCGAGAUAAAAAUCGUAACAAUAUUUCGAUGGUAAGGGGAGAGGAAUUAGCUCCACUAACCGAAACUUUGCUAUCCAACCUAUUUGCCACCUUGGAAAAACCGGUAUCGGAAGAAAAUGAAUAUGUCAUGAAAGCAAUAAUGAGAAGUUUUUCAACUUUACAAGAACGUGUUCUCCCGUAUUUAUCCGCAAUUCUGCCCAAAUUAACGGAAAAAUUGCAACAAGUGGCGAAAAAUCCUUCCAAACCUCACUUUAACCACUUUCUGUUUGAAACAUUUUCAUUGUCGAUUAGAAUUGUAUGCCGAAGUAAUUCUUCCGCAGUUACUUCAUUUGAGGAUAUACUUUUUCCCAUCUUUCAAAACAUUUUACAACAAGAUAUUCAAGAAUUCAUACCGUAUGUAUUCCAAUUAUUGUCACUUUUAAUGGAGUUAACACCUACUGGAAGUAUACCAGAGCCAUACAUGCAAUUGCUACCUUGCCUGCUAGCACCUGUGCUAUGGGAGAGACCUGCAAAUAUAAGCCCGUUGGUACGCCUACUCUGUGCUUUUCUUACACAAGCAGCUCCACAAGUAAUUGCUCAAGACAAACUGGUGGGACUAUUAGGUGUUUUCCAAAAACUAAUAGCGUCAAAAGCAAAUGACCAUGAAGGAUUUUAUUUAAUGCAAAAUAUUAUACAGCACGUUCCAAUAGAGGCCUUAACACCAUACCAUAAACAAAUUUUUUUCUUACUCUUCCAACGGUUAUCAUCUAGUAAAACCACGAAAUACGUUAUAGGCACAAUAGUAUUUUUCUCACUAUACGUAAUCAAGUUUUCGGCAAACGAGCUCGUUUCUACCAUAGAUGGAAUUCAGGCCCAAAUGUUUGGAAUGGUUUUGGAAAAAUUAUUUUUAGCCGAUCUUCAAAAAGUUUCCGGAGGUGUGGAACGAAAGAUUGUUUCGUGUGGUGUUAUUAAAUUGCUAUGUGAUUGCCCGGAAAUGUAUACGGGGUCCUACCAAAAAUAUUGGGCACCUUUACUGCAGUGCUUGAUGAAUUUCUUCGAGGGGCAGGUUGACGAGAGUACUUUCCCGGAUGACGAAUUUGUAGAAAUCGACGAUACGCCCACUUUUCAAACCAUGACAGCCAAGUUGAGUUUCGCUAAUAACAAUAAGUCUGAUCCUUUGCAAGGUGUUUCAGAACCAAGAGAGUUUUUAGUUCAAAAUUUGGCAACACUGGGAAGCUCACGACCGGGAUUCUUACCGACUCUAAUUAACAGCAUUGAUAAACAAUCUCAGUUGCAUUUGCAAAAUUAUCUGGCAAAAUUUGGCGUACAAUUGGUUUAAGUUUAAUUUUUAUGUGAUUGUUUCGUCAUAACAAAUCCGGAGAUUUACAAUGUAAGUGUUACAGUGUCAAUUCUUGUGUUGCUGAUGUUAAGAUUGUAGAUAAAUUUAUGUUACGCAUGUCAUCAUUUUCACUGAAUAAUUAUAAUUAAACAUAUUUUAAUAUUA